AUGGCGUCCUUAUCUCCCGCGGAGGACUCGCCUGAGGCCGUCCCGGAAAAGCCUCCCGAUCGUAGGGUUAGCGGCCUAGACUUCCUUCGACCGAGUGUAGCUCCAGUCACUCCAGAACCUUUAGUUACCGCUGCUGUUGUUAACACCGAGGAGUUACCGUCGUCCAGCAAGGAUCCGCAACCGGCCCCCAAUCUCGCGCCUGCUCUAGCGCAGUUCACUCUCCCUCCCGCCAUCGCGUCGUCUAGCAAGGGGCCGCAACCUCCUCCCAAUCCCGCGCCACCACCAGCGCCGUUCACUCUCCCUCCCGCCAUCGCGUCGUCUAGCAAGGGGCCGCAACCUCCUCCCAAUCCCGCGCCACCACCAGCGCCGUUCAUUCUCCCUCCCGCCAUCCCGUCGUCCAGUAAAGCGCCUCCCUCUGCAGUUGGUAGCAGCGGCUGCAACGAUGCCGCUCCCGCGUCCGAGGGUCGUACAGCUAAGAAGGCGCGCACUGUCGUACUCCGCGGGAAGUUUCAGCAGAGCACGUUGACCUUCGGCGGUGUGCGCGUGCCACCACCAAGUGCUCCAGAAGACUCCGAGCCCGAACCAGAGGAACCAGAGGAGAUACCUGUAUGUGCGGACACCAACUCCCCCGUUCUGUCCAAGGCUGAGAUAAUGGAGCAGAAGUACAUAGAGGCGAGUGUUAACCCGUGUCUCUCGUUCGGCAAGGAGACAACCAAGUACUCAGGUCCAGGCGACGGCAGGCGAGACCUGCAGACGCAGACGAUGCGCAUCCACAAGCACACGACGGUCCACAAGGAGGCGAUGCAGCGUCAGGCAGAGAUUGCGGAGGCGAUUUCGAACGGCCAGACGAAAAUUGAUCGUUUCAUCAACGCGGACGUUGAGGGUCGGCGGGCGAUUCGGCUGAUGAGGUCGGUGCAGUUUCUCUGCCAGGAGGACGCGCCCAUCAGCAUGUUCUCGAAGCUCAUGAGGCAUCUCGCUGAGCAGGACACCCCCGACAUACCGAAGCAAGCCUACAGGGUGUACCUCACGAGCCAGCGCUUCAAGUACCUUCAGCGCGUCAUAUACAACACGAACCUCGAGGUCCAAGGCAUACACAGCGUGCGCUGGCUCUCCCGGGGCGACGCGGUGAAGCGUCUGUGCAAGGUGCUGGGCGCGGCGAUUGUGCCUUUCCACGAGAAGGAUCACGACUUGUACGAGACGGUGACAUCGUACAAGUUCCAGUUCUGCCUCUUCUUCCUCGCUGAGAUCCUCGGCGACCUGAACGAUCUCAACCGUUCGUUUCAUAAGCGGUACCUGGACAAGAAGGCGGACUUCGGUGGUUCCGGCAAUGGAUGGCUGCCGAAAUUCCUGGCGCUGUAUGGCAAGAAGUCGGGUCAGACGGUCCGAGUGCGUGGCGCGGAUUCGGAGGGCCGCCCUGUGAACCACUCGUACAUCCUGCACAAGAGGAAGCUCAAGGACCAUAAGUACAAGAGCGGCUACAAGGCGUGCGUGAAGCUGUGUCGCAAGUUCGCGACGGACGUCGUCGAUCGUCUCCUGUUUCGCCUGGACGACCUGCGGGGGAUGGGUCCAACGAAGCUGUUUCGCGCGUCUCAGUGGCCCAAGAGCAAGCACGCACGAGACCGCAAGUGCCAGGACUGGCUGACUGGCUGCGCCGCUCUGUUCAAGAACAAGCUGCCGGGGUUUGAUCACAAGAAAGCGUCGCGGGAGCUGACAACCUGGUGCCCAAUCAUGGAGUCUCACCACGAGGAGGAGUCAUUCGCGCAGGGACUGGCGAACUUCAUGGGGAGCGGCGACGCCAAGAGCCCCAAGAAGAGGCGCCCUGCGCAGAGCGUUCUGUUCCCAUCUGACGAUCGCAAGCGUAAGGAGAAGGAACCGGAGGAGGAAGAGGAGGAACCCAGGGAGCCGGUGGGCGAGGAGGAGCUCACGGAGUCAGACGAUGAUCGUGACGACAACCUGGAGAUGGAUCAGGAGAUUGAGCAGUCACCGCCCCAAGAUUACUCAGAGGAAGAAGAUAACCCGUUCCUCUCGGAUGGCGAGGAGGGGGAGGAGAUCUGCGCCCUGCACGCCGCCACGCACUCUGCCGUCGCGCCUGCCACACGCUCUGCCAAAACGACUGCUGCUGCGCCUGUCACGCGCCUACCGCACGCUCUGGCUCACUGCCUCUACCUGUCGUCUCCUCCACCUGUUGCUGUCCCCUCUCAUCUUGCAGCUGUGCCCCUGCACACUCCUGUCAUGGGGUUCGAGUUCGUCAUGCGGCUCGAUGCGGAGGGGCGGGCAACCGAAUUACAUGCAUAG